AUGAAGUUCUCCAUCGCCUUCCUUACCGCCGCCAUCGCUGGCUCGGCCCUGGCCCGUCCCUCUACCCUCGCUGCGCGCGUCCAGUCUCGCGCUGAUGGCACCCGCCGCCACAAGACCCAGCCCCUGGUCAAGGUCGGCAGCAACUUCAAGGAGAACGCCAAGUUCGUCGAGGGCAUCGACAACACGACCGCGCACGUCGAGUACUCCUCCAACUGGUCCGGCGCUGUGCUCGAACAGCCCUCGUCCGGCUACUUCAAGUCAGCCACCGGCCGCUUCACCGUGCCUACCCCCAAGCACGUUGGCUCCGCCGGCACCGAGUCCUCAUCCGCUUGGGUCGGCAUCGACGGCGACUCGUGCGCCAGCGGCCUGCUGCAGGCGGGCAUCGACUUCACCGUGACCAGCUCCGGCGCCGUGUCGUACGACGCAUGGUACGAGUGGUACCCCGACUACGCGUACGACUUCUCCAACUUCGCCGUCAGCGCCGGCAACGUUAUCCAGGUCGACAUCACCGCUACGUCGACUACCAAGGGCACUGUCAAGCUCACCAAUGUCAGCACGGGCAAGAGCGUCAGCCAGACGUUAAGUGCGCCAAGCGGAUCGGUUCUGUGCCGUCAGAACGCCGAGUGGAUUGUUGAGGACUUCGAGUCCAACGGCAGUCUGGUUGCGCUCAGCAACUUCGGCACUGUGGUCUUUUCUCAGGCCAGCGCUGCGCUUAGCACGGGCGGAACCGACUCCCUGAGCGGUGCUACCAUCAUCGACCUCAAGCAGGGCAGCACCGUCUACACAGACGUCGCCAUCAACAGCGGCUCUCAGGUCACUGUCAAGUACGUCUGA